AUGAUGACUCCCAUGGCCAUUCUGAAUGGCAUUGCAUGUGAGUGCUCUGGCUCAGUUCCUAGCAUGGAUAUCACACAGGGGUUCCCCAUCUUUGUCAGUAGGCCUCUGCCGAUCACUAACGAUACCACGGUCCCAGUCUGGACUCCGCUAGACGCCCCUCCAAAUUGUCAGCGUAUGAGCGCCCAUGACGCACCGCCGCAGUUCGACUGUGCCUGGACCAACGAUGGAAAGGCGUUCCUAUUCGGCAACAAUAUUGGAUUGGCCAUGUACGACAUUAUUACAGGCAAUUGGGAUUUCAAUCCACUCAUCUUUGAGACGGCCGGUCUUUUUGUAUCUAACUUGCAAAACCAAAAGGGUCUCCGCGCAGCUGUCCAUUCGGAUGGCUACACCAUUUCCGUAGUCGUGACCUCGUCACCCGUCUACAUGGCGCUGGACUCGCGUACCAAAUCCAUCCAAGGCGUCGACAUCCCCGGGUUUACUCAGGAUCUUCAUAGCUUCUGCAUAGGCGUCCCUUCAGGGGCAUCUCAGCCGAUAUUAUGUAGAGGAUCGGUCUUUGGUGUCUACUCCGCGAACCGUCACCAAGUUUACUCCACUGGCAGUACUUCUCCUAUCCUUUUUACAAUCCUGCCGGUUCCACAAGACUGA